AGGAUGUGAAUGCUGUAGCCUCUUUUUCAAGUCGGGGAAGUUAUCAACGUGCACAAGAGCAUACCACUUGCUUUGAGCUUCCUCUGGGAAUAGUUCAAAACAACAAACUGGUAGAGCUUAGAGGUGAAUUGGUCUCAAUACAUAUGCUUUGGUAUAGMGCAUCGAGUUUAACAGCUGCCGUGUACCAUAAUGCGCUCGAGAAAAGUUAAUCAAGUCCAUUCUGACAUCAAAAGCAUUAGAAUUGUACUCCUUGGCCUAGAAGGAGUUGGAAAAUCUGCUUUUCUCGUGCGUUUUCUUACCAGAAGAUUCAUAGGAGAGUACGACCAAACUCUAGAAUCCUCGUACAAACACAUCGUGGAGCUCGAUGGUGUAGCCGUUUGUUUGGAUAUCCUUGACACUGCAGGAGAGAUAACUAAUUGCAAGCUACAGCAGUGCAAAAUCCAAGGAGACGUCUUCGUCAUUCUGUAUUCAAUUGCUGAUAAAGAAACCUUCAGRCAAGCAACCAAAAUCGGACGAUAUUUAAACCACUUCAAAAGUCCUGGAGCACCGACAGCAAUGGUUCUGGUAGGGAAUAAGAACGACUUGGAGCAUUUCCGCCAAGUAGAAUCGAGUCAAGGACGAGAAUUUUCCAGUGAACUCGAGUGUUUAUUUAAAGAGAUAUCUAUUUCUGAGAGGACUGGGUAYGAGGAAGUGAAUGACGUCAUACACGGAGCAUUACGUCAGUAUCUUGCUAUUGAUCAACCUGAUAAGAAGAAGAAACUUGAUCGACGAGAGAAUUCUUCCGUAUCUUAUUUAUCGAAGAUGAAGGAAGGGUUAAUGAAACGAACGGGUUCGAUUCGAAGAAAAUCCGUUGCAUUUUGAUGUUCAAUUUCUGAACGCGUAGGAGUUGUCAGCGGCGGUAGGCGUUUGAUCUUAUAUUUAUAUUUAUCCAUUAUCGUAACUAUAUACACAUGCAGUCUUACACGCAAUGAUAGGUAUACUUUAAUCAGAUUCCCAGCUUUUAAAAUUACAACAGAACGUCAGUAUUAGUGAUAUUCGUGAAGCUUGUUUUCCUAAUUACUUAGGAAGCAGACUAGCUAGCAGUAUUCUCUUUCGAAGUAUAGGUGAAGCUUUGACCGAAAGCACAGACAAAGUAAGAAUGCAGAUAGAUGAAAGGAUGGACGGACAGACAGACAGACAGAGAGACAAAUAGAUCGAUGAGAGAUCCAUGUAUUUGAAAUACGAAACCAUCUUGGCUACAUAGAUCAAUCUGUGAACUAGUUAUUUCCAGAUUAAAACCUCAUUACUAAAGGCGCUUAUCCGAAACAGACGGACAGACAGACGGACGGAUACGGACAGACAGACGGAUGGAUACGGAUAGACAGACGGACGAAUACGGACAGACAAACGGAUGGAUACGAACAGACAGACGGACGGAUACGGACAGACAGACGGAUGGAUACGGACAGACAAACGGAUGGAUACGAACAGACAGACAGACGAAUACGGACAGACAGACGGAUGGAUACGAACAGACAGACAGACGGAUGCGGACAGACAGACGGAUGGAUGAAUACUGACAGACAGACGGACGGAUGGAUACAGAAAGACAGGCGGAAGGGUGGACGGAGGGACGGACAAGGAGAGCCGCGUCAUUCAUAACUUGCAGAUAAUAACCAAGUGACGAUGUUGCUAAAAUAAAGUCUGUAGAAAAACACCAAAUAAUGAUGUUUGUGUGAGCUGCACUGUUGUUGAGUGAAAACCUCUAGACAGUUUGAUAACAUCACACACCUCAAUUCAUCUUUUAUUGUUAUAAAAUUCCAAACAUUACAGCAAAGCGCAGUUAUGAAUUAAAAAAUUAAUAUAUAAACCUCUCCUAGACCGAUCGACCACGUGGCCGGACUGUGUAUACGACCGAUCGACUGCGCGCGUACAAUAGAUGCUAAUGAACUGGAUCUUUGAUUAUUUUUCUCGAAUUUAACUGAUCCAAUAAAAGACUGAUUUCCCAGUAAA